AUGGAUCUCCUCAAAGAUCAGCUAACGACUUUAUCGGACCAACCCUCUAUUGAUGUGUUAUCGGGGGUGUUAGCUAAACUGGCUGAGAUUUCAAAUGGCGAACUCUCUGAUGCCCAGAGGUUGAACAUGUCUAACGUGGUGGUGGUCAACAUUGUGGAUAAUGGAAUUGCCAGUUUGCUGAAUACGACCACCAGAAAUCAGCUCACUGAGCUCUUGACCUCGCGAUCUGGAUUAUCGGUACUGAUAUCCAGGUUGCGGAUUUCCAAUCAAUCGGACUCAAUGCUCUUGAACUGUACCGAGAUCAUAACCGAGAUUUUAGAACAAGAGAAUUCGAUUUCCAAAGUGGUGGGACAGAAGAGGUCUAAGCUCGAGUUAAACGCUAUAAAAGCGAUGAUUACUGGCUCGAAGUUGUUCUCGGCGCUGUCCGAGGUUUAUGUUGCACUGAGAACCAAGACUCUGGACAAGGAGGACUCUUUGAAAUUCAGCAGAUUAGAGGCCAUUUCGGUACAAGCCACCUACGUCGGUCUUAUUUCAGCUAGGAUAUUAUCUCAGGAGCCAGACUCAGACUUGAUGGAGCUGUUUGUGGACCUUUUGCACUUCACAUCUGGCAAUCAAUCAGGCAUAGACCGUCUCAUGGAUGAACUACUUCGGUCAGAAGUCCGCUAUAACGAAGCUAUGCUGGUAAUGAUACCGAAACUGACGCCCAGGGAUAGACACUUGUUCAAUAGAUGCUUUUUGGGCUACAUUAUUCGAAGAUUUGGUUUGGAAUACAGUUCAAAGGAACCGGCUUCGCUCUAUACCGUUGUCAAUUUGCUGCUGAGGGCCAAAAUACGAGACUGGGAACAUACCUUUGAGUACAUUAUCAAGACUUAUCCGCAAAGCUUGGAUAUGAUCAAGGUUAUCGGUCUUUUGGUGGCUUUAGAGGGGAAACAAGGCGAGCUGUUCGCUACCUUACUUGGAAAAUGGGCGGACACAUACUUCAUCACUUCUACCACUUUGUCUACUCAAAUCGCUCUCACUCAAGGUUUGCUGACACUACUAAGCUACAUACCACAGGAACAAAUUUCUGAAAUGUCGUCUGAUGCCUCACUGCUUGGUGGGGUCACCAACCAUAUGGAAUCUCCCAGUGAGAAGAUACGAUUCAUUGGUAUGGUUCUUCCAGACGUGGUAUACUCAAGGUCCACAAAAGGAUCAGCCAUAUUCAACAUGGAUGGGUAUUCCACAGCGCGGGAUGACUUCGUGAAAGCAAUGCAGCCAUACCUCACCGAGGACGAUUUCAAGAAACAGCCGUUAGAAUGGUCUCAGAUUGAAGAUCGUUUGGUAAUGAAGGUCGGUGGACAGAAUCUAUCUUUGGUGACAUCUUCGCAGCCAAGAGAACUCACUAUUAUGACAGUUCCCACCGAACAGGAAUUGUUCGAUCCAGAGGAUUCAGAUGAUGAGGAUCCAACGGUCUCCAGAAAGGAGCUACCAUCUACUCCAAUAUAUCUGAGAGAGUUGCUCAGCUACCUAGAAUCUGACAACUACGAUAAGCUGGAUAUUUCAUUGAGGCUGGCUCCAACUUUGAUUAGACAGAAGUCCAAGCUGGGAUCUGAGGUAUCGCAUUACUCUGAGUCUUUGUUGACUGCGUUGGUGGGAUUGCGAAAUAACUUCUCAAUUGAAAACUUCACCAACAUGGUAAUGAACGCUAUUGUUGCUGUUGUCGUUAGUGAUUUUGCAAAUGACUCCAGCAUCUUCCUUCUUAAGCUAUUGAUGAGCGGAGAUUACUCUUUACAGCAGCGAAUGAUGAUUCUGUCAAGUCUGUCUAUUUCUAUUCGUGAGCUAAGGGGUUACGAGGAUGACAUUAUCAGUUAUACCAAGACAGAAUUUCCCUCCAAAAUGCUCCCUCAAAAAACUCACGGUCAUUUUCAGAACUAUGGACAAAUUGAUAGAAGAAGGGAACUGAGUGCUCCGGCCCCUAUUGAAGUCCUCACGGACGGAAUUGUUACAAGGAUGUCUUCAAAGCUGCUAUCAAAGGAUAAUAGUGGUAUAUCUACCGUGGCCAAGCCAAAAAUAUCCAGUUUUUAUCGCUCCAUUGGACCCAAAGCUUUCUUUCCACUCACCAAUAUUUGGUAUGCGAUUGGAGGGGCUGGAUUCCAAAUAGGAUCCUACUCCGCCAUCCUUACAUCGCACUUUCUUAAGACUUUAGUCAUUAUUUUGGAAUGUGCAUACCCUAGUUGCAUUGAAAUACCCGAUAUGGUGAGGACAUUGGUGGAUAUUUACAUAAGUGUGAUGAAAUCCUACGAUGGUGAUAUGCCUACGCUCGAGUCCGUUGUUGUGGGCCUUUCGGUCAUUCUUGAUGGUACCGAUUCCGCGACUUUGAGUACAGUUUUUGCCGAGUUAGCAACCAUAAGAGAAUGGUUGGAGGUUCAGUUUGAACAUGGUCUUCAGGAUGAAACUUUGAUGGCCAAGCUUGCCAAAGUCAUCAUCUCGUUGCAAGAAACCAUUGACAAGUUAAGAGACACUUACAUGCUAGGGGAGUAUUCACAAUAA